CAAGUUGAUUGUGCAAGCUCCGCCACUGGUACUCCCAACCCUCAUCCUCUUCCCUUUCUGCUCAUCAAUCCCUGCCAAACACCCUGCGCUUUGUCAAAUGACUUCACCCUAAAUACUCCUUCCUCCCAUGGCAGACAUACCUGCAGUUCUUGGUGGUACAACCGGCGACAGAGGACUGAUCAACCAAGGGGAGCUGCCGGAGCAACCCCCUUUCCUUUCUUGGUUUUUGCUCGUCUAUUACAGUAGCCCAAGCACCCCUGCAGUUGCGAUCUGCUAAACCCCACCCGACCACCUCAUUUGCUGAUUUCGUUCGUACCUCUCCUUCCCGAUCAGACAGUGAUUGAACCCACGAGGGCCACCGGAGGUCGAUGCCUGCCCAUCCUCACGAAUCACUCAGCUACACCGGAGUUCCCCAUCGACUGCCUUCGUGUUUUUCGUUCCUGAUCAGUUGAGGAGACGAAGACGAAGAGGUCGCCGUAGAUCGAACCCACUACCCUCCUCUCCGAUUAUGGUUUUCCCACAGCUCCGAUUUAUCUGCCACUGCCCCGCCGAUACUCCCAAAUCGACUACUUCGUUCACCUGUUUCCUUGGUCGGUCUGAUCAAUUGAUGAGGACGAAGACUGUUGUUGUCCUGUCGGCUAGAUUGCCGCCGAAGAUCGAUUUCUUUUCCCUUCUCACGAUUUCAUGAACCACCGCCGAUGCCAUCGUGUUCCUGAGGCCGAUUCGUGUUCUUCCCCAAUCAGACGAAGAAGACGCACAGCACCAUUUUGUCAUUUAUUAAAUCUGGCAAAACAAGUCCCUCCAGUAUGGCCUUAAUUUUUAACAUCAGCCCCUGAAUGGAAAACCUUACAAAACAAGUCUCAUGUGAUAAUUAAAUUACAAAAUAAUUUUUUUAUGAAAAUAUAAAGUAUUUCAAAACAAGUCCCUUUGAUUUAAAAUAUUAUAAAAUUUGUAUUGGGCCUUGUUUUAACUCAAAAAGACGUCAAGAUGCGGUUAUUCACGAAAAGCUUCAACGAAUUAACCGACUGCAGAUCGAGAUCACACAUCGAAUGUUAUUUAGCAGGUACCAUUCCAAGGGAUUUUACAAUCCCAGACCAGCCACCAGCUCAAGUUUCUUACAUUGAAUCACUUCCGGCAUGGAAGCCCACUGCCACCACGGCGAUGACAAUCCCAAAUUCAACCUCGAUUACUGAUUUUGAGCUAAAACCAGAUCAACAAAACUCAAAUCAUCAUCAAUUAAUUCAUUUCGAGCAACACCCAAAUGAUAAUAUUGUUGAUAAUCAAAUGGUUCGGUGGGUUUCAAAGAGUGGUGGGUGGGGUGGCGUUGGAGGCGAAAAACGUUUCCGCCAUAUUUGUCUUUGGUUCGCAUCCAUCGCCGUCGACACCUUUUUCUACAACCCUUGUUCGGUCUUCGAUGUCCGGAUUGCCUCCGAUUUAGGUAGGUCUUUCGGGUUUUGUAUUCCAACACGAAUUCAAGGUGAAGAGGAGGAACACAACUACAUCUCCAAUAAGCAUCCUCUGCAAAAAGCACUGUGCCCUUCUCUAAAAAUCACGUCCAACGCGACUUCAUUCAUCUCCCACUACACCGACGCCGACGAGUCAACCUCCAGCCACACCGACGCCGGUGAGUCCUCUUCAGCCACACUGAUGCCGGCGCUUCACCUCCGGCCACAGGGUUCGAUUUUUGACUUUUCAGGCAUUUACGCAUGA